GUGAUAUGGAUAACGGAAGGACAUGGACGGCGAAGUAAGUAAUUAAGGUAAACAAUCCAUCAAUGUGGUGUGCCUAGUCUUUGUGCGGUCAUCGUCCCUGUCAUCGUCCCCGCCAUUUAGCGUCCAGGCCCCUGACGGAAGUCGUCACCGUUGGUUGACUGUUCACAGUUGUGAUUCCCCUCAUUCUCUCUUUCGGACGUCCCUUGAUGCUUGACUUACUCUUUCUUCCUCCUUAUUUAUCUCCUAGACCAUCCAAAUGCACCUUUUGGCCUGCCCAUGCUGCAAGUGAGCAAUCCAGUGGUCUCCCCGGCAUGCGAUCAACAACCCAACGCGUCCACGACUCCAUCGCGUCGACAACCACAUCAGGCAAUCCCAACACGGAUUCUCCACUAGCGCAAUGGAAGACGAUGAUUGCAAUUACGUUUGGGUAGAGGAUGCAUAUUUCGAUGCAGACGACUUGGCCGAGCAUGCGAUCGCAUCUCCGGUGCCAUACGAUGGCUAUGAUUCCUGGGAUGAAUUAGAUCGCUUCGAAUACUUCGUCGACAUCGAGUACGACACCGACGGGUAUCACGACACGCCCUCCCAGAAAUCGAAGAGCGCGACGACCCGGCCGAAGAGGAAAGCGGCUGAGGCGGGUCUGUCUGCGCAGAAAAGGCGGAAGGGUCGCGAUGGGAGUAUACAGGCAUCCGUGGACGAAUCCGGUCCACGAAUCGCGCCGAUUUGCUGGGUAUCACAGAGGGAACAACUGGCAUUGCCGGACAUUCGCCGGUUUUCAGAAGAGGAGUCCGCCCCGUUCGCACUGUUGAAGGACUAUCGGGUCCGUUUCAAGCACGUUGAUGGAUUCAAGAUCCAACUGCCUCCAUCCGAUCCGCUCCAGGAGAAUGUGACGCCGGUUGUCGCUAGGCCUGGAGGACAGGACGAUAUACAUGCGGUAGCCGGGGAGGAUGACUCCGGAGAUGAGGAUGGGGAAGAGAGAGAGGAGGAGGAGGACGAUGAUGAUGAUGAGGAAGGCAUACGCGGAACCGCCAUCGACCAGGAAUCCUUGAAGGCAGCACUAUCCCAGAACCUCUCCCGGUUGAACGUCGGCGCUAACCAGGACGACCAACAAAUGCUCCUGGAACUGGCCACGCGGAUGCUGAAUGGCGAAGCAUCGAGCGAGGAGUUGGCCGGCGAGCUGGCCACGACCCUGCUCGGCGACGGCACGCAAUCUGAAAAGGAAGGUGCGGCUACCGGACUUUCGGAGUGGAUCCAGCAACAGAUCGGGCCGAAAGCGAUGGAAGGCGAGGAGGAUGAGGAUAUGGAGGGAGUCGAAGAGAGUGGGCCGGAAGAUGCUGUACGUGCUAGACCUUCACCACCUACACGCGGGGAGAAAUCUACGACAGAGGAAGAACGGGAGGAGCACAAUACACGUCUAGCCCCUGGAGAGACGCGGGCAGGAGUGACACCAUCAGCGAUUGGGACACGAAAACGCAAGGCGGUUGACAGCUACCCCUCUGAUUCUGUUCAGCAGGACCCGACUUCUCGCCACGAAACCGAUACGAAUGUCCCGGCAAAGAAGAAGACGAGAACCUAUAAUGCCCCGACCGUGGCGAGCCAGUCGAAAAUGAUGUCGAAGAGUGAGGCGGUACGAUCAGCUGCGGUUCCAAAAGGAAACCCGAGGGGCAAAGCUUAGGACGCCUGUUCGAGAUACCUACGUGAAAGAAGCUUGUCAGUUGUGAAUAGCGAGCAGCUUGGCGUGUACGGAUAAUCAAUAUUGAUCCCAGUAGACAAAAGUCAUUUCCGUAUGUGAGACUGGGUCUCCUUCCCAUUUGAAGCUAUAGCAGCCGCUGUUGUACAAACAAUGAAUUCGAGAUGCCAG